UCAUUCUGGUUCCUUUCAAAUUGCUGAAAUAAAAUAAAGUAGUUCAUGCGAGAUUCAUCGAAUUCAACGAAGACCACGGAAAGCAUGCAAAUAUUGGAGUGUUUUAUAAUUGAUUUGGAUAACUCGAAGUUCAAUCGAUCGCAUAGAGUGGGAUAAGAGUGUUGAUGGAGUUGAGUUUACGAGACAAAGAAACGAGACUUUCAGUUUCUUCUGGGCAUCCGCGAGUGUAACAACGUGAGUGUAACGAUUGCGUUGGCACACACGUGAAAGUUUUCGUCUUUCGAGCGCCCAGCUUCCUCCGUAUACGCACGAAGUUAAUCAACGCACGGAGAGACAUAGGUCAACGUCAUAUUUCCCGAAAAAGAUUUGUAAUUAAUGCAUAAAACUAUAAAAAAGCUAAAGAACUGGAAUUUGCAGCAUCCAAAGCAAAAAAAUCAACAUUAUUUUCAAGAGUAUUGGACGCUGCGUUAGAUCACUGAUAGUCAUCGAUGAACGUGGUUUAUUUUUUGUUACAAAAAAUCAGUAUAAUUAUUUAUUUAUUCGACGAUAUCCAUCGUCUGUGGUACCCAACGUCUUAAACAAAUAAAUAACUUUAAUGAAUUGAUUUUGUAGGAUGUUAAGUUGCUCGUGGAUAAUGAAUUGCACGUUAACAACAAGAACACAUACACGUAUGGACCAACAAUACUGACGUAAUACUUGACUGUCGGAUCAGACACACUGACCGCCACAAAGCAAUUGUUAUUUUUCUACUUUCUCCGACGAAAAGAAAAGCUAUGUUACCCUGUGGCCAUUCAGCCUCAGAGUUUCUGUUAAAUAACAUGAAACAUGAAUCUGCAUGUAUAAAGUAUGAAAGUUGUGCUUUGCCCGAGGCUGUUUUGCCUUUCUUGAUAGAAAAUUCUUACGUGCCACCUGGUAUGAAUUUGUGCCCUACAUAUAUCAAUAAUUUUCGAGCGUUAAAGAGGGUAACAAGAUACGAGAGAAACAUUCUUUCUGAACAUGCAACAUAUAAUUUGUGCUAUUACUUUGUAACAUUAGUAAUUAAAAGUACUUUCAACCUACUUCUUUUUAUUUGCUAGAAUAGGUACAGGAAGAAAGAAGGGAUCUCUCGUAAGAAAUUAUACGUGAAGUAGUGGUACCAUCGAUGGCAUGAAAAUGAAGAUAGGAUUGUUUCUUAUGGAACUAUUAAUCGAUUUAAAAAAUAAGUUAAGAUGCGAUAGGCCUCGAACGGAUUAGAGAAUGAAGUGUUCAUUCUUGAGUUAUGGGGUGACAUGUUUUCAGAAGACGGCCCUGAAUGAAUGCGAGUGAAAGUUUGCGAGUUAAAUAUUUCUUGCGACUUCUCUUUAUGGACCGUUUGUAUAUACGGGUUUCCUAUAAGUUUAUCUUUCCUCCGAUGUAUAAAUCACUCGUUUCACCGUUCCGCAUAAUUGUUUACGAGAUUCUGGGUGCAGCGUGUAAUACGUGAACAUCGAGCAGUGGGCUGUAACGACGAGAAAGUAACCCGUUGGAAGUGGCGGAAUGCGGAGUGCUGGGCACCUACGACCUGUACGCUGAUCCAUGCUACUAGUACUACUUCACGAAAAAGACAAAGAAAGAUGAUGAAAUGUUGAGGGGAAACAAGAACUUUGAGGAUGAAAGUGUGCGGCAUUUAGUCCGCAACCGAGUAUUCUGAAAAGAGUAUGCAGCGCUGGUUACUCGCCCUAGACGAACCUGCAUCUAACCCAUGCGGUAACACAAUCAUCAACCACGAACCAUCGGGGUGAUACUGUUGGACCGUACUAGGUGAUGCUGGAAUCCGGGAAAUUUUGUUCCAGUGCCGCAAUCGCAACGGCCUUGACAGUUUCAGGUGGAAAUCAGAUUAGUUUAAAUGACAAUGGUGCAAAAUUACCUUUGCAUUUGUCCAAUGAACGGUACACUUGUAAUCCUGAUAACUUAUACGCUGUGCCAAGAACUGAUCUACACGAGACAGAAUGGACACAGCCUAAUUCGAUAGAAGCUGAAAUCUCAAGAUUUGUAACCGAUUCGUCGGCAACAACUACCGCACGAAAUUAUCUGAGAAGAUGUCGGACCUCGACCAGUUCUGGCUAUUCGAGUCAUUCUCCGCCAUUGUCAACUGGUUCUUAUUCUUGUUAUGCGUCAGCGGUUUGUGGACAAAAUUUUUUUCGAAAUGUUCCUCUAACGAUGAAGGAUCAAUUUGGAGGGAACUUGGCCGUAAUUCAUGAAAGUGAGGCAAUUCCACGUCCUAUCUGGCCGUCCUCGUUUCCUACUCCGCGUCAACUUUAUCACAAUGACGAAAGUCCAGAAUACGAUGCUUUGUACACGUGCUGGGGAUGCAGUUGUACAUAUACCUCCUCCUAUUGCGAUUGGAAUUGUGACAAAUCUGCCGGCACAUCGGCGCACGAGGUUCUUCUUGAAUUGUCACGAACGCUAAACUCCGUGCUAGACGGUGAGAAUAUCAUGACACCAGAAGAGAUCUUGCAAAAUAUUUCGCAUAAAGUUGCCCAAGGAAUUGGUACGAAAGGAGGAGUCUACGAGUACGUUUAUCACAACUCUUUCUUGCCUAAAAAGUCAUUCGCGAACGAGAAAAGUUCGUGCCUAUUAAACUGCAAUAAAAAUACAUCGUCCAAGAUCAACCCAAUUAAUUCAAAACUCUACAGCAAUACUCGACAUUUUUAUAUAUACAACCCAGCGUGGUACAGCUGCUUGUGUACUUGCGGACACAAUCAUAGAUUUGUAUCGUCUCUGAAAACUGAUCAAGUCGUAACGAAUAAUGAACUGGAGAAAAAGGAAAGUUCAACUGCUGCGGUUUUAGUAAACGAUUAUUAUCAAGGAACGAAUUCAUGGUCAAUUUUAGAAAAUGACAAAAACACUUCAGAAUCGAAUAUUUGCGAAUGUUUGAAACAUUCAACUGAUUACAUUAAAACAAUGCAGAACAUGUAUGAUAAUCACCAUGUUGGAAUUGAUACGAAAAAAGCGAUUAACGUCAACGAGGGAACUAAGAAUAAUCGAAACAAAAUUGUUUCCAAUGAAUCAGAAUAUGUGAUGCAGUUGGAGACUGGUUACAGUGACUCGAUAAACGAAGAUAUGGUCUUCUCAUCCAGAAAAAGUAAUUGGGAUUAUCGUAUGCAAGGAUUCAUUGGAGAUUUAGAUUUCACUCUGGAUGUUUCUCGAGCGGAACGCUUAGGUCGAGCAAUCGCAAAGGCAAAGCGUAAGCGACAAUGGUGUAGAACUUUAACCGCUUUUUUUGGACUAGUCUUUUUUAUUUUAAGUGUCGUCAUUGUUUCACUGUCUGUAACGAGAGGUCGUAAAAUAUUUGGUAGCAUAUGAAUCUAUACGAAUUUAAAGAACAAUACUGUAUUAGUAUCAUCGAUCGAAAUAUUUUCAUGAUACUUGUUAUAACAAAAUUAUUGACUGACACUUAAUUUAUAUAUGUUUAGUACCUUAUAUCGUUAAGUAAAAUUAACAGGAUUAAGGUCCUGUUAGCAAUAUGUGGCUGUGACCAUGUUCUUAUGUAUGAAUAUUAAUAUACUAUGUAUACUCAGAUGAAAUCAUAUUAAGUAAUGAAUAAAAUGUACAAUGGAAUGUAACAACAUUUAAUUUAAAAUCUGG